AACCUCCUUUUCUGUUCUGUCAACAGCCAAGCCAGCCCUUCCCAUUGGCGCCCUGAACGGCCUGCAGCUGUCCCGCUCUUGUCAUGGACAUGGCAGGCCCAGGGACGGGCGUUUUUCGGCUCUUAUUUUGUGUGUGCGCGCUGUGGUCCGCUGUGAACGCCCCAAAUUGGGGAGGGAUGUGCGCUUUGAUUGUGCAAAACGCCUCCCCUGCCGAGUUCGGAGGCAGGCCUUCUGCGCGGGGAUGAUUUAUUCAGGAGCCUUUUAAAAAUAAGCUAGACAGAACCUUCGGGAGGGACUGUGCUCUAUUUUACUUAUGAAAAAAUGCAGGCGCCCUCCCCGGGUGCCGAGCCCCGCCGUUUCUGUUUGUGGGUCUGCUUUUUGGCAUCGAGCCUCUCAAUGCGGGACUGUGGAUUUGAACCAUCGACUUGAGGCUGAGCCGAGCUAACCUUUGCCCCUGAGGGCUGUGUGUCUGCGUUAAUAACGUCGCAAGCACACAGUUUGAUGAACCUCCGUGCACAUUUCGUUGCAGGGCACACCCGCGUCAGACCUCGGAGCACUCUGUGCCAAAGCACCGCCGCUUGCCAUAUGAGUAUAAAUGAUGGCGGAUGCCAAGUAUGUCCUGUGCCGAUGGGAAAAGCGAUUAUGGCCUGCGAAGGUUUUGGCCCGAACCAAGACUUCAACAAAAAAUAAGAGAAAAAAGGAAUAUUUUCUAGAUGUUCAAAUCCUCUCCCUAGAGGAAAAGUUAAGUGUCGUGUUUUUUCUAAUACUGUUUUUUCCUGUGUAGAUUUCUGAUACUUCCAUUCCC